AUGGCUACUUCCCUCCAAACCCUAAUUUCUCUUCUCUCCACCACAGCCUUAGUCCUCACCGUGGCAAGCGCGAAGCUCUCCUUCUCAUACGAUUUCCACGGUGGGGAACAAACUGGCCUAACCUACCAAGGCGACGCCCAUUUCCCAUCCCAAGACUCUUACCUCCGCCUAACAAAAACCGACUAUGCUGGCAACGCAGUGGAAGACAGCGCCGGCCGUGUCUUGUACACCGAGCCCGUACCAUUUUGGGAGAAACGAGAGAAAGCUAACUUCGAAUCCACCGUGAAAUUCAUCGUCCCACCCAACACCAAUUACGAGUACCCACCGGCCGACGGCCUCGUCUUCUUCAUCACGGCCCCCAACUCUACAGUCAAAGUGCCCGGUGGCAACUUCGGAAUCUUUGAUGAAUCCGGCGAAACCCCCUUGGUUUUCGCAACGGAAUUCGACAUCUUCAUCAAUGAAGAUUUCGAUCCAAACUAUCGUCACGUGGGGAUCGACAUCCAAUCUCGGGUAUCCAGCAACACUACCGCCGUCGACGAUGCGAUCGUCGGUCAGGCGGUGACUGCCACCAUCAACUACGAUGCAGCCACCAAUUUGAUAAGAGUUCGCGGCAGCGCCGGUGGAAAGGCUUUUGAGGUGAGCUAG